AUCAAUUUUUCAGGUGUAAAUACAUCGAUGUAGGAAUAUCAGUCAGUACAUAUCUUUAAUAAAGGACUGUUUCAAUGUAAAUUCCUGUUCAGAUAAGGAUAAUUACAUCGUAUUUGAUUACAUUAUUUAAAUGGCAGCUGCAAGAAGUUUAGGUAGAUCACAAAUCGAUGCAUCGGACGCAUUUUACGAGUAUACAUGUGUUACGUGUGCAGCAGACAGUAAAAACACAGAGGCUUUAUACAAGUGUAUCGAGUGUCAAGUGUUCUAUUGUGUAAGAUGUGUGGCAGGCCACAACAAAUUCACGGUAAACCACCAUGUUGUUGAUAGAAAGUCGGAGAAAUUCAGAGCUGGUCGGAAAGAAACACCAGUUUAUGAUUCAAGUGAGAUGCCGAAGGAUGUUUGCCAGCAACACCAUGGGGAAGUGAUAAAAAUGUAUUGCGGACAACAUAAUAUUGUCUGUUGUACAGUCUGCAUAGCUGUUCAACACAGAAAUUGCUACGGCGUCGACUAUAUACCAAAAAUAGCAAAGGGAUUGUUGAAAGGAUCUGAAAAAGGUGAAACUACAGCGACAUUAGAGAAAGUUAGAAGUGAUCUCCAAAGACAGAUGUACAAAUUACAGAAAGACCGACAGACCUUAAACAAGCAACGGGAUAAUUCAAUUACUGAGAUACGCCAUAUCAAGAAACGAAUUAUUGCAAGAGUUGAACAGCUGGAAAGGAUGUCAAUCACAGAACUAGAAACCAAACAUGAAGAAAUAUCAGGAGAAAUAAAUCACCAAAGUAAAAAAGUUGAAAACAUGCUCAAAGCUGUAGAGACCCGUCUGGAUAAGCUAAAAGGAAAUCAAAUCAUCACUGAAGCCCAGCUGUUCGUAGACAUAAAGUUUGGAAAUUUACAGGCACAGCAGGGACAAGACUGCAUAAAACAAACUAGCAAGAAGUCGUUUGAGCAAAUUGAGUUCGAGCCAAGUACUAAAAUAUUGAGUAUUUUGCACGACACACAGGCAUUUGGAAUGUUAACAGGUUACGUAGAUGUUCUGGUUCCUGAGGAAACGGAAGUAACACGUGCAUUCCUUGGCAGUCUGCAAGAUGAGCUCAAACGAAGUAAGAUAAAAUGAAAAUGUAUUCAACCAAAGGAAGUAGUUAAGGGACGUUACACUAUCGUAGUAUGUGAAAAGAAUGCACAUUUGGACCUGAAAAAGAACAUAAAACGUAUAUGUAGUCGUACAAACAAUGUGGUUGUCUUGGAACUUACAAAUAUGAGCAGUCUGGCAUCGGCACAUGUAGACUGUAUUGUGGACGAUUGGAUAGACGAUUCAAUAUGUGAAGUCUAUUACAAAACUGACAAGAUUCAUUCUCGUUCGCCAAUAGUUUGGUUUCCAGCGGAAUUAAAUCGACGAACAUUUGAAACAUUAUCAAUGUUUUUACGUGUAUAAACAAUCCGUAUCCAAGAUACCAAAUUGUCAGUGUGAUAUGCAAUCUCAUACAAAUAUGGAAGGACAUGUGCAUAUUGUAAAGCUUUAAAUUUUGCACUCACUUUUUUUCUUUACUGCCUCGGAUUGAAUAGUCAAACGAAUUUUCUACUUCCUUCCUCCUCUAUGUAUAGGCAUAACGUUCAGAGGUUGGCAGAAAGAAAUUAAAAGAAAACUAAGAAUUAAAGACAUGAUUACGCUAGGCAAAACUUGUUAAAAAAAGAUGAUUACAUAGUUAUAUGUACGUUCCCAGAACACAGCCUCCUCUCAAAAUUGAACCCAAUGGCAGCGGAUUUAAAGACACCAUGGACAAAACAAACAAACGAGGGCACAUAGUUGGGCACUGCCUUGGAACGGACAGUGGGAAUACACCAAUGGGGAGAUCAAACUGAUUAUUUGUUUGCAAACUAUUUAUCUCUCUUUAUCCCCAUCACGUUCCAUUGUUACAAGACAGUGUAUGACAAGUAAAGUAUCUCCCUAACAAACGUAUUUUAACUAUACUAUUUGUAACUAAAGGCACUAUAUGUAAAACACAAAUAUGCUGGAGUGAAAAUAUUCAAAAACUUUAAUACCAAAUAUGCAUGUACUCGGUGCAUUUGCAGUAAGCAGAGCAGUACAAGAAACGCCAUUAAGGGCCCGACUAAACGGGUCAAAGGUCAAAUAUCAAAGCAGCUCGGAGCCAGUUUGUUUUACAAACUGCCUAUCAUAGAAUGUUCUACCUGUCUUGUCAAACACAAACAAAAGAAAAGCGAAGCAUCCAGCUGUAAAAGUAAUUAACAACAAACGUGCAGUAUGUCUCAAAAACAUUUGGUCCUAACGUCUUUUAUAAAACUUUUAAUAUUCACUGACUUAGAAAUUUAGGAACUUUGUAAUAAGAUAACCCUAAAAAGUUACGUUUUGAUAAGACACUAUAUGGCCUAAACGUUUGAAGAUUUACAAAUUGUUCCAAACGGAUGAUAACUAAAGAACAUUUAUGCAAGUUGGUGAGAUACUGAAAAAAAUCUUUUUAACAAAAAAAAAAUCAUAUGCCCGUUAAAACGUUCUAUAGAUACAUUCCUUUGCCUUUUGAAGAAUGAAAUAGCAACAGAAAAUCAUAUGCCGUAAUGGAGCGACUUUACCAUUAAUGUACUGAACACAUUUAAAAUUAAUUUCUGAUAUCGAUGAACAUCAAAAAAGUAGUAGCGGCAAUGCUGACAAUAUAAUACUAUAUGAUUUGCCUAAAGCACUGAUAGUACGAGAGUUAUGUAUGGCAACAUGAUAAAAUAUAUGACUGGCUAGUUCCAUUGCCCUUGCCAUCUGCAUCAUUGUUUUUUUCACUUUGAUCAUUUACGGCUUGAAGCUUAAAGAUAUAUUAUAAUGGCCAUCUUUCAUGUAUAUGUACAUUUUAUCUUUUCAUAUUUACUUCAAAUUUCUUUUGUAUUAGGUCUUCAUCAAAUGUAUAUCAGUUUGCUACAUUUAUGAAUUAAGUUAAAUUUAUGAAUUAAGUUAAGCAUAUUGAGUUACAUCCAUAAUUAAAUGCCAUAUUGUAAAAAAUCAAGAUUUGUAGAGGUGUUACACAUUUAUUCUGUGUUUACAGUGUGUUCCAUUUUUAAUCUAAUGCAUAUUAUUGUAAAUACACAGAAGUUUUCUACUUUUUGCAACUUCACAUUCGAACUAUGUAAUUUACAAGCUUUUUUUGCAGGAGUCGUCCCCGUUUACUACAUUUUCGCAUCUUACUGCUUUAUCCAUAGCCAGAUAUCAUACUAUUAGGUUAUUUAACAUUGUUCUGUACAAUACGGAGAUAUAUUUGGACGAGUACCCAGCUGAGAAAACCAUAUUGGACGAGCCGCUAGGCGAGUUCAAUAUGGUUUUCUCAGCUGGGUACGAGUCCAGAUAUAUCUCGUAUUGUACAGUACAAUGUUAAAUAACCUUUUUAUUCUAUAUCUAUUUUAUCUUACUAUAAUAAUAAUUGAAAUUAAAAAUGUUUCACUGAAUAUUGUAUUCCUGCCUUUUCUAGUUUUUCCCAGCUUGG